AUGAAUCCAAAAACUUCAGUUGCUGAAUUUUCCUUGGAUGAUUUGGCUGAUUCCUUAAUCUGUCAGCUUGAUCGUUCAAAGAUCUUUCCACCUUAUCAUAACGAUGCAGAAGAAUAUGUUAUAGCAGCUCAUUCGAAAAAUAAAGUACCAAAAAGAUCACCAAAUGCAUUUCUCCUUUGCCGUAACAAUGUUCAUAAAGAAGCGAAGCGACUUGGGAUUUCCAACAUGCGAGUUAUUAGUAAAGUAACUGGUAUCCUUUGGCGCGAAUCAACCGUUGAGGAAAAAGAAGUAUAUGAGGAUCUUUCAGUAUAUAUUUAUGUUCAACGGGAUAAUUCAAUAACAAACCGUCAGCACAUCGCUAAUCGUCGAUAUAUGCCUUAUGUAUUUCCAUACUCGAUAUCGUCAUCUCAGAAUAUGUAUUUGCCACCGACAAUGUAUGAACCUAUGGAUUGCUUGAUACAAGACAAUCUACCAAUUGACUUUUUACCUUUAAUGCAUAUGUCUCAACCAUAUAGUGUUCAUUUUUAG